CUCACACAGACUGACAAAGCUCCCUAACUCAUUACCACCAUGGCCAGGGUCGUCUUCUAUGAGGACAGGAACUUCAUGGGCCGCUCCUACGAGUGCAGCAGUGACUGUUCCGACAUGUCCUCCUACCUGAGCCGCUGCCACUCGUGCAAGGUGGAGAGUGGCUGCUGGAUGGUGUACGAUCGGCCCAACUUCAUGGGAAACCAGUACUUCAUCAGGAGGGGCGAGUACCCUGACUACAUGAGCAUGUGGGGCUGGGGCAACAACUGCAUCAGGUCCUGCCGCAUGAUCCCCAUGUACAGGGGCAACUACAGGAUGAGGAUCUAUGAGAGGGAGAAUUACAUGGGGCAGAUGAUGGAGCUGAGCGACGACUGCGACUCUAUCAUGGAUCGCUACCACUGGUCCGGCGGAUGCCACUCGUGCCACGUGAUGGACGGCCACUGGCUGAUGUACGAGCAUCCUCACUACAGAGGCAAGAUGUGGUACUUCAGGCCCGGAGAGUACCGCAGCUUCAGGGACUACGGCAACAUGAACUUCAUGAGCGCCAGACGCAUCAUGGACUCCUGGUAUUAAAUAAUAAAUCCUGGUCUAAUCAGUUACACCAUGUGAACAUCACAAGCAAAGAAAUAAAUAAAGCAGUAA